GUUGAAGGUAGUGGACAGGAUCAUUAGGCAGCUUUGAAUCAGUUUGAGGUAGUACUUAGGACUUGGCAGCCUCUACUUUUGAUCUAUAAAUACAGGGGCCUCACUGUCUUGUCCCAUCACCAGCCAUACCAACACAAGAAGUAGAGUAGAACAAUUUAGAAACACAAAUCAAGGCCGGCAAAGAGAACUCUGCAGCAAUGGCGACCAAGAUCUACAUCGUGUACUACUCGACCUAUGGGCACGUCGCGACGCUGGCUGAGGAGAUCAAGAAGGGCGCCGACACCGUCGACGACGUCGAGGUCACCAUCUGGCGGGUGCCGGAGACGCUGUCGGAGGAGGUGCUGGGGAAGAUGUACGCUGCGCCGAAGCGUGAGGACCACCCCGUCAUCACGGCAAGCCAGCUAGCCGAGGCCGACGGCAUCCUGUUCGGCUUCCCGACCCGGUUCGGCAUGAUGGCGGCGCAGAUGAAGGCCUUCUUCGACUCCACCGGCGGCCUCUGGCAGUCCGGUGCCCUCGCCGGCAAGCCCGCGGGCUUCUUCUUCGCCACGGGCACACAGGGCGGCGGCCAGGAGACAACGGCUCUCACGGCCGUCACACAGCUCACGCACCACGGGAUGCUGUUCGUGCCGGUCGGGUGCACGCAAGGCGCCGCCAUGUUCGCCAUGGACGAGGUCAAGGGCGGCAGCCCAUAUGGUGCCGGCACCUUCGCCGGCGCCGACGGCAACAGGCUGCCCAGCGAUGCUGAGCUCGCCUUGGCGGCGCAUCAGGGCAAGUACUUCGCCGGCAUUGCCAAGAAGCUCAAGGCCGUCUGAAGCCUGAUCACUAGCUGUGACGCACCGUUCAUGUAUAGAUGUCGUCAUAGAUUUUGUCUACAUACAUUUAAAUUUUAAUAAAUGUAAAACAUUUAUUUUAUAGAUAAAGGUAGUACUGCGUGCGAUGCAGACCCGAUGGCGUUUCUCACGCAUCAUAUCCAUUGGACCAAUAUUUACACAGUUGUAUACCAAUUUAGCUGUAUUGCAUUUAAUUUCUUGUUUG